AUGGCUAAAAACACCACUUUAGAAACAUCGAUUAAUCCAUUUGAUGUUUUGCAAUCUUUAGAAUCGGAUUCUAGUAUGGAUGAAUUAUUUUCAGAUGGUCAACAAAACUCUACGAUUGAACAGCUUGAUAUAGUGGAACCAGAAAUUAAUAAUGAAAAAAUUACAGUUGAACACAUCACAGAGGGAAAAGAAGAAGAAGAAGGAGAAGACAAUGAUGAAGAAGAAAAUAAUUAUGAAAAUAAUGAUGACAUAUAUGUAGAUUACGAUGAAGAGAUUCUCUUAGAAGCACAGUUGUUGGAUGCUCAACAGCAAUGGGAGGAAUCACUACAACAACUUAAUAAAGUUUUAAAUUGGUUAGUUCUGCCUUUAUUUGGAAAGUUUCUGGGGAGAAGAACAUCGAAAGUUAUUUGGAAGAAAGUAAUGAAUUAUCUCUGGUAA